CGUUAAAUGGCGGCGUGCACAUAUACGCAUGCGCUUCCGGCUAAUUCCGUUGCUUUGCGCAGCCGUCACUCUAUUCGCGGCAGGAGAGGAAUACUCUAGUAAAAUUUGUUCCCCUGAGUCUAGACCGUUGUCGGCGUGUUUUGUCGAUAUUGUUUUCUGUCUCCAUUUGCUACUGCCCCACACUUGUCCGUCAUAACGUUCGCCUAUUUUGUUCUUCAAUUCGCAAACACAUUUAUUAAAUAAAUUAAAUUUGUACAAACUAUUUUCAUUAUUAAUAAAAUGAACUCUUUAGUCAACAAGGAAAACUUGGAAAAUUCACAGGUAACAAAUCCUUAUAUUAUGUAAAUGUGUGUAUUCGUUACACAGGAAGUGUCAUGUCAACGCUUUGUUUCGUUUGCCGCCAAAAAUUUCUUGUCAUGACACGUAACUCGUACACUAAAUUUUAUAUACAUAUUAUAAUACUUAUUAAUCUUGCGUUUUCAUUUUACUUUUAUGAAAUCGUAUUCGUUGAAUUGAAAUUAUUAUUUAUUGAUAAUACCCGAUAAGUAGUCUUCAUACAAAUUCCAUAAGUUUUUUUUUUUUGUGCGAGUUUCUUUCCAUUUCAAAUAUUGGAUAUCAUGCUAGCAACAUUGUUUUUGACAUGUGAUGUCCCAAAUAAGUCGUUUGAUGAUUUAUCUUACCAAUUGUAAACAUUCUUCCUACACUUCUUUUUCUCUCUAUAUAUCCUUGUAAUAUAAGUUAAAGUAUGGAAAUAUUCGUAUUCCUAGUGAUAUUUCUCAUGCAUUCUAGUUUCUGAGCUUUUAUUGUUAUUAAAAGUUCCUUCUUUUUUCCCAUUCAAUUUUCCAAUACUUUUCAAUUAGUUAUACAACCUAUUUAUAACAUUUUCAGCAUACCCUUUACAGCCGCAUUUCAAAAACGUCAAUUUUCUUGCAUGAAUACUCUGUUAGUGUCCAAGUUUCUACUCAAUAUAGUAAUACAGAAAAAAUAUAACACCUUAACAGUUUUUGUACAAAGGGACAGAUCGUGGCACUUAAAUACUUUCAGACAUAUUUUGAUAUCUUCAUUUAUUAUUGUUCAAAGUUAACUAAAUUUACAACUGCUCUAUAUGUUGAUUUUUAAUUAUUAAAUGCCCUCUUAAUUUAUGAUUUUUUGAUUUUCAUUAAUUUCAUAUUCUUUGUAUUUAGAUACAAAUCAUAACUCACUAAAUUCGACUAGCAUAUCCAUCAAGUAUUUUAAUCCAGUAAUAUUUGUAAAAAUCACCUUAUCAUCAGAGUACCUAAAAUUUAAUCAUUUCCCAUUCACUUAAACACCAUCUUCAAUCCCUUCUAUGUAUUCACGGAAUAUGAAUUCCGAGUAAUUAUGUCUUAAAUAAUAGUGGUGCUAAAACACAAGCUUGCACCCCGUUUAAUUGAAACAUACUCUGUGAGUUCUCCAUCAAUAUGUUCAGCUGUUGUUUGACUCCAGUACAGAUUACUUAUUAUUAUCAUACAUCUCUAAAAUGUAAUAUAAAUUAUAUUUAUAGUAUUUAAAUUUUGGUACAAUAAUUAUAUAGUCUAUUAAAAAUGAAAUGCAAUACAAAUGUAGUUAACAAUGAACAGUUUCUAAUUUUAAUUCAUUAUCCUCAUAACAAUGCUAUGUUAGGCCUCCGUAGUCAUGUCGUUACUUUAGGGUAGCUGCUAAUGCCUCCGUCUUUUUAAUCACAUUUGCAAAUUGUGUUAUAAUAAAAACUUCUUUGUAUUAAAAUUGUUUUAAUUUGUAUGUAGCAUGAUGUUCUUAAAACCAAAAUUGCUAAACCAUCUCAAGUAUUAAAUGAGCUACACAGCAACACUAUGUCUUCAAUUAGAUCUCAUGAAACUGAUCAAGUAAAAAUCGGGUUUUGUCUUGAAUUUUUACCAAUUUAUUCAUUUUUUUUUUUUUUUUCUAGAAAGCCAAAAAUUAUUUGGAUUAUUUGACUGCAUACAGAAAUAAUUUUGAUGCCACAAUUGAACCAUUAUUAAAAGAUAAUCCCAGACGGUUUGUCAUAUUCCCUAUUUUAUAUGAUGAUAUUUGGGCCAUGUAUAAAAAACAGGAAGCUUCCUUUUGGAAUGUUGAAGAAGUCAAUUUAAAAAAUGUAAAAUUAAAAGAACAAGAGUAUAUAAUUACUCUUGUAAUUUAUGACUAAUGUAAACUUUUUCUAUAGGAUCUCGAUGACUGGAUUAAAUUAACUGAUGAAGAACGUCACUUUGUGUCCCAUAUAUUAGCAUUUUUUGCUGCUUCAGAUGGAAUAGUCAAUGAAAAUCUUGUGGAAAGAUUUUCUCAGGAAGUUCAAGUAACUGAAGCUAGAUGCUUUUAUGGAUUUCAAAUCAUGAUGGAAAAUAUACAUUCAGAAAUGUACAGCUUAUUAAUUGAUACAUAUAUUGCGGACCCAAAAGAAAAGUAAAUUUAUAAUUAAUUAAAGUCCUUAAUGUUUCUUAUCCAAUUUUUUUUUUUUUUUUUUUUUAAUAGGGAUUUUUUGUUUAAUGCUAUUGAAACUAUGCCUUGUGUAAAAAAAAAGGCAGAUUGGGCACUUAAUUGGAUUGGUGAUAAUAAAGCAACAUUUGGUGAACGAUUAGUUGCAUUUGCUGCUGUUGAGGGUAUAUUUUUUUCCGGAAGUUUUGCAGCAGUAUUUUGGUUAAAGAAAAGAGGGUUAAUGCCAGGUUUAACUUUUAGUAAUGAAUUGAUUUCAAGAGAUGAGGUAGAUUCAUUUUUGUAAUAUAAUUCAUUUUUAUAACUAUGAUUAUAAUGUGUUUAAUUUGUUAACAUUUAAAUUUUUUUAUAGGGAUUACACACAGAUUUUGCUUGUCUUUUAUUUAAACACUUAGUUCAAAAACCACCCCAAGAUGUUAUUAUACAUAUUAUACGUGAAGCAGUUGCUAUAGAACAAGACUUUUUGACCAAUGCUUUGCCUGUAAAAAUGGUUGGCAUGAAUUGUGAAAAGAUGGCAACUUAUAUUGAAUUUGUUGCUGAUAGGCUGUUGGUUGAAUUGGAAUGUCCCAAGGUGAAUAAUUAAAUAUAUACAUUUUUAUUUAUAUAUUAAUUUAAAUUAAUUUGUUAUAGAUUUUCAAUUCGUCAAAUCCAUUCCCCUUUAUGGAACUUAUAUCUCAACAAGGAAAGACAAAUUUUUUUGAAAAACGAGUUGGUGAAUAUCAAAAAGCUUCAGUGGCAAUUAAUGAAAUGUCUAACUUAUCGACAAUGGAUAUAACUGAUGAAGACUUUUGAACAAAUUUGUUUUAGUUUUUGAAAAGUAUUUUUAUCUUUAAUUUAAACCUUUGGUCAACUUAAUACUUUAUACAGAUUUUUGGAAUUUUCAUUCAAAAGAUUUAGUACUAGUAACUUAAACCAAAAUUUAUAUCUUUGCACUCUGUAUUUUCUUUGUGGAUAAAAUAAGUAUAAUUUAUAAAACUCGAAUUAUGUGUAAUAAAUUUUGUAUUUUACGUUUCAUAAAAAAAAAAUUUUAUCUAUAUGCUUAUUGUUAAUAUGUAUAUUUAUAGUUUAACUGCAAUUUAAAAUUAAAAAAUAUAUGACUAAUUUUUAU